AAACGACGUCCCUGGACAUCUCCACAUCGACAACGAUGGCAUCAGGACUUGGCGAAAGCGACCAGAAGGAGCUGCAGUCGUUCCUCGACGCUGAGCAGGCAAAGGCGCGCGUCCAAUCGAGCAUUCACAACUUCACCGACAUGUGCUGGGACAAGUGCGUUACCUCGUCUAUUGGCUCUCGCUUCGGCAGGGGCGAGGAGGCGUGCCUGGCAAACUGCGUCGAGCGCUUCCUCGACAGCUCCCUUUACAUCGUCAAGCGCCUCGAGGAACAACGUCACCAGGCACCAUAGUCGCUGUGUCUUCCUCUCGUCCAUCACCCUGUAGCGUUACUGUCCACUACUCAAUACAUUUGUGCAACAAAAUAGGAAAGUCACAGCUCUCUCAGACCAGCGUUGCAACAGACAGAUAAACCGGGAAAAGA